AUGGAAGUUAAACCUAAAUUGAAGGAAUAUAUUCGCGAGAUCUAUGAAACUUCGGAAGGGACCUUUGUCUUCUGUGCUUUUGUGAAGCAGCUCCAAUUUAUGGCAACGCUUGAUGCUAUUGAGGUUGAUAUGUCCUAUAAGCGAGUGAAGGGGGAUAUCAACGAGGUGAUCUUCGCUACAAUGCUCACGAACCAUGGUAAAAUUAUAACGCUCUGUCGUGUUUUCACUGACCAAGAGAACUCCGCGGGGUAUAAAUUUAUCUUCCGGAUGGUCUUUGAACUUAUAUCAAGGUCAAUAGGGAGACCUAUUAGGUUUCACUACCUACAUGGUGAAGGUAUUAAGGCAAUUGUUGGCGAUAUGUGUCCAAAGCAGAUCCUCGGCUUAGGUACAUUCCUUCAGGACCAAGAUACCGAGCACCAUAGGCGAUCUCCAGCUUGGCACCUCGCGCGGAUUAUGAUCUUUUGCGCUAUUCACUUUAUGCGAACAGUAUCAAAGAUCUACCCAAAUCGACCUGAUGGCUCCCAUAUAGAGCGCCAUGAGCGGCUAAAUGGGCUACUGCUAUGUAAGACCGAACGUGAUUACCAUAAGCUACUAGAUCUUAUUGAAGAGCACGAGCCAGACCUCAAAUAUUGGGUUCGACAUAAGAGACACCCAGUUAUUGCAGCGGGGCUAUGCCAGGCAUGCUCAGGUGUUAGCCCUAAAUUCUUUUCAAGGUUCCGGCCUCAUACAAAUGCAGUCGAGCAAAUCCAUAAUAAGUCCUAUGCUCUUGGAACUUAUGAUUCGUUAUUAGGUGCUGUGACAAAGUCAUUAUACCUUGAUCAACAGGAUUUAGACCAACUCGAGACUCGAGAGAAGUUUGGUAUUCAUCACCGCUAUCAAGCUGAUGAUAUCGAAGCCCGCUUUGGAAGGAAUCUCCAGCGCGAAGCUAGAAAAAGAGAAAAAGCGGAAAAUCAGGCUAGUCAACAUAGAGAAGCACAGAUACAGUUUGAUAUUGAUGAUCAAAUCCUCCUUGAGGCCUCAUCGUCAGGCUACGUGGUUGAUAUUGGACGUCGGUCAAGGUCAUCUACGCCACGUCGGUCAAGAUCAUCUACACCACGGCGAUCAAGCUCUAGAGCUACUACACGGAGCCGUUCUCGAAUAUCUACAAGCCCUAGUCUCCGGCGUACAGCUGUGAUAAACUCACAGAAUCAAGACCAUCUAAACGACCUUCGAGAGCUCGAAAUUCGGCAGAAACGCCAAGAGAUUGAGGAUUCUCAAGAAGAAAGACGAAUGAAGCGUCAGCAGUUAGAGCUUGAGACUAAAGAACAAGAACUAAGGGUUGCGAAGAUUGAACUAGAAAGGCAGCUCGUUGCGGCGCAACUAGAGCAGAUAAAGAGAAGGAACUAG